AUGGAAAACAAAUGGGGAAAAGAAGUGUUAGGGGAACUAAAAAAGAUAAGGGAAGUGAUAGGGGAGAUAAAAGAAGUGAUGUGUGGAGGAAGAUCAGAAAGGGAAAGGGGGAAGAAGGACAAAAGAAAAGGCGAAGCGCAGAAAGAGAAAGUGGAAAAAAUGAAUGUAGAAAAAAGCGAGGAAGAGGGCUCCAGCAUAGAAGAAAAGGAGGAGGCUAAGAGAGUGAGAAUGGAAGAGGAGGAGGGAGGUGCAGGAAAACAAGAAGAGAAGGGGGCACAAAUUAAAAUUCCAACGAUAGGAAAGAACAUGGGAGAAAAGAUGAAGGAAAAUGAUGCGGAUGUGAAGAGUGGAGAGAAGGAAAAAGAAGAGGAAGAAGAAGAGGUAAAGCCUAAUGAGGAAAGGAGGGAAGAGCCCAAGGGAGGAGAGGAUCGGAAGGGUAAGAGGGGGAAAGGAGAAGGUGGAGAGAAGAAAGAAAUCAAGGGAAAGAAGAGGAGGAAAGUUGGACAGAGAACUGGGAAAGAAGAAUGGAAAGGGAGAGGAAAGAAAGAAGAAGCAGGAGUAUAG